GAUUGAAGUCCGGUAGAUAACUUGCGUGUCAAAAUGACUGGAGGAACAAGUAACAAGCCGGAUAUGCGUCAAUUGCCCUCAGGCUCCAACAUGGCUUCGCCUCGUGUGCUGAGAUCAGCUUGAAACGAUGCCAUCUCUAGUUAGUCAGGCCUUGCACAUUUUGGGGGGCUAAUCAUGAUAUUCGGCAAAAUCCACCCGCUGAGCAAACGGUGAAGGCUGUUCGUCACUCAUGCCAUGCCAUGCAAUUUCUUUUCCACCAAGAAUGGUGGGUAGGGAGUGGACAAGAUUCGGGAGGCCCAAAUUGCUGAAGUUUUCCUUCCAUCUUUGAUUUCAUAUACAAGAAGCAUUUGGGGCCACCAAACAAGAGAUUCACGACUUCGAGUGGUUCGCAAUCAUCUACCAGCCAUGACAUUGACGCAAGACGAAGCUUUGUCCAGCAAGGACACUAUCUCUAUCGAUAAAGAUAUGGCAGCUGUGACCAUUACGGAUGUGUCAAGCCCCUCAAGCCUCCAAACAUCCGAGUCCGAUGAGCUCUUCCUUCACUCAUGGCGUCUGGCGGCUGUCAUCGGGUCUUUAUGCUUGGGAAUCUUUCUCCUAGCAUUGGAUAUGAAUAUUAUCGCCGUUGCAAUUCCGAGAAUUACAUCUGAUUUUCAUGCAUUGAAUGAUGUUGCCUGGUAUGGUUCAGCAUAUCUUCUUACUGUCACGGCAUUCCAGCCUCUGUUUGGUAACCUGUACAAAUACUUCGAUCCUAAGAUGGUUUACAUGGGGUCAAUAGUUUUAUUUGAACUGGGUUCGAUAUUGUGUGCGGCAGCACCUUCUUCCAGUGUUCUUAUCGGAGGCCGAUCUGUUCUUGGUUUCGGGGCAGCGGGAAUCCAUCAAGGAAGUUUGGCAAUCGUCAAUUACGUGGUAGAACUCGAAAAGAGACCUAUGUACCAAGGCAUAGUUAUCAGCUCUUUUGUCAUUAGCGUGUGUGUUGGCCCUGUGCUUGGUGGUGUUUUCACUGACAAAGCCUCCUGGAGAUGGUGCUUCUGGAUUAACGUACCUAUGGGAGCUGUUGUACUUGUAUUCAUCGUACUAUUCUUUCGAAUCAAUGGCGUACAAAACUCGAAUCGUGCCUUGAAUCUUUCAACAAAAUUGAGACGUAUGGAUAUUGGCGGAGUCUUGCUGUUCCUCGGAGCUAUAUACUGCCUUCUUCUAGCAUUACAAUGGGGUGGACAGACUAUGCCAUGGAAAUCAUCUAAGAUCAUAGGAUUAUUUGUUGGCUUUGGCUUACUUAUAGUAUCCUUCGGUAUCUUACAAUGGAAACGAGGCGAACAUGCCACAAUUCCCUUGCGGAUUCUCCGGCAAAGAUCAAUUCUGAUGGGCAGCAUAUUCCUCAUGUUAUUUGGCAUGAUGAGUUUUGUCUAUGCUUAUUAUCUACCCAUUUACUUCCAAUCCAUUCAAGGCGUCACAGCAAUCCAAAGUGGUACCCGAUUCAUCGCGAUAGUCCUUCCUCAAAUCAUUGGCCUGUCACUUACUGGAGUUGUGGUUACAAAAUGGGGAUACUACGUUCCAUAUAUGAUUCUUGGAACGAUCAUCGCAAUGGUCGGUGCCGGUCUUCUUACUACCAUUGAUACCACCACUUCCACGGUCAAAUGGGCCGCAUAUAUGGUAAUCAAUGGAUGGGGGACUGGAAUGGCACAACAACUUCCAUAUACCGCACUACAAAUUGUGUUGAGUGAAGAAGACGCUCCUACUGGAAAUGCCAUUGCAGUAUUCAUGUACCAGAUUGGUUCUUCUGUCUCUGUCUCUAUCGCACAAUCCCUCUUUCUGUCAAAGUUACAGACCAGUGUACCAGCGCACACCACUGCUGUAUCAGCAGAAGCGGUCAUUAAAGUUGGGGCAAGUGGGUUACAAGAUUUGGCAGGCGGCUCGGAAACUGUAUUAACUGCCUUGAGAGAAGCAUACACCAUUGCUAUUAGAGAUGCAAUGUAUUAUGCUUUGGCUGCGGCAUGUUUGUCAUUACCAUUUGCUUGCGGAAUGCAAUGGUUCAACCUCAAAAAGGUUGCAGAGGAAAGGAGAAAAGCAAAGAACGAGGGGAAGUCGGUUGGGGAAGAGACCUCGGUCAUGGUGGACAGUGUGAUUGGUUCCGAGAAAGUUUAGAUUGUAUGAAUACUUAGAUAUAUAUUCUAAUAAUGUAAUAAAUCAAUUCUACA